AUGGCUCGUGUACUGAUUAUAAUAGUUUCACUUGGCUAUGGCGUUGUGAAACCAAGACUUGGCAGUACUAUUAGUCAGGUAAUUGGCGUGGGUUUCAUUUACUUUGUAUUCAGUGCUAUAGAAGCGAUCGCCAGGGUUAGCAAGAAUCAAGUGGAAGGGAUGAAACAAAAGCAAUUAGCAGCUUUACCAUUGGUACUGGUUGAAGUAGUUAUAUUUUGGUGGAUUUUUACGUCACUCAUCAGUACUAUGCGAGUACUGAGAAUGAGAAGAAAUAUGGUAAAGCUUUCUGUAUACCGUCAUUUCACUAACGCGUUGUGCUUUUCGGCUUUUAUAAGCAUAAUAUUCAUGUGUUGGACAAUCUAUAUACACAAUAUGCAGCGGUGUUUAGUUGAUUGGAAAGAAUACUGGGUGGAUACAGCAUUUUGGCAUAUUCAGUUUUGUUGCAUUCUGGUUGUUAUCAUGAUUUUAUGGCGUCCAUCACGCAACAAUCAACGCUAUGCUUUCACUCCACUGCUCGAUGAUAGUGAGGAUGAAAAUGAUGACGGUGCAGACGAGCUUUUCAACACCAAUUAUUAUGCGAUGGCUGGAUUAAAUAAGCGAACUGCUGCUGCGAGUGCUUAUGCUUCUUCCCGUGGUCAAGAAAGUUCCUCUAACAGAAAGCAACAUAAAGCUCAAGAAAAUGACCGGAAGUUGCAGGAGGAACUAAAAUGGAUUGAGGACAAUAUCCCAAGUACAUUUGCUGACCGUUUAUUGGUAGAUGAUGAAGAAGACAGGGAACAAAUGGAACUGGAACAUUCCAAAAUGCUUUAA